AAUGAAGGAGUUUUUCUCUCUUGUCAAAAAAAAAAAGAUUUUAAAAAAGGUUUUUGGAAAAAAGUAAAGUAAAUGAAAUGUAAAGCGAUGAAAAGUAAACACUUACACUUAAAAGCGUGCGAAUGGCAACCCUGUAUCAAAAGUGUAUUAUAUAAAGUACAUAAUUCCGAAGUUGUAAAAAUAAUGUGAAAGUUUGUUUACAUACAUAUUUUAAAAACUAUCUAAAAUUCUAAAGAAACAAAAAAUUUUGCUUUGAGAAACUUUAUUUAAACCUUUGAAUGCGAAAAAUAGUUUAUAUAGCAAAUACCAUGUCGAAAAGCAAAAAAUCUUCAAAGAAAUUAGACAUACCGCAAACCGUAGGAAUAUCUAAAACUGAACCAAUUCAAAUGGAUAAGCAAGGAAACAUCGUUAUUAAAAUUUUAGCAAAACCCGGUGCAAAACAAAAUUCUAUAACAAAUAUAUCAGAUGAAGGAGUAGGAGUACAAAUCUCAGCACCACCUGUUGAAGGCGAGGCGAACACUGAACUGGUUAAAUAUUUAUCUUCAAUUCUUGGAUUAAGAAAAAGUGACGUAACGCUGGAUAAAGGAUCAAAAUCUCGUCAAAAAACGAUUCUAAUUUUUAAAGGGAUCACUACAGUAGAUAAUGUUAAAACUUGUUUACAAAAAGAAUGUGGUUAAAUACAUAGGUGUACGUGUAAAUUGAAUUUUAGUUUAGAAAAUUUGCAAAUGUGAACAUGAACGUAAUUGAUAAAACUUAGUUUUUUUUAAUAAUUAAUUUAUUGUAAUAAAAUAGCUUAAAUAAAAUAUA